ACUUGUAACCUAAAAUGAUUCACUCUAAUAAAGUAAUAAUAGUAUCCUUCAACCUUAAACUUUACAUCUGCCCAUAAAAUUUAGACUAUAGUCAACCCACAACAACCACCAACACCAGUUUCACUACUUACUACUUACUCAUCUCUCUCUCUCUCUCUCUCUCUCUCUCUCUCUCUCUCUCUCUCUCUCUCUCGACAAGGAUUCAACAACAGCAACCUGUAAAGUUAAAGAACAAACCACUAUUGUAACAAGACACAAACUUCAAAAAGCUGUUCCUUUGAAUCAAAACCAAACCAGCAACAAUAAUAAGAAACCAUGGGAAUACUAUACGAUGAUGUAGUGAUUAUCAAGCCGCCAGAAAAAGAAGGUGACCCAACUAUGGUUACUGUGAAUUGCCCCGACAAAACCGGUCUUGGUUGUGACUUGUGUCGUAUCAUACUCUUCUUUGGUCUAAACAUUGUUAGAGGAGAUGUGUCAACGGAUGGAAAGUGGUGCUAUAUAGUUUUCUGGGUGGUUGGGAAACAGAAGACAAGAUGGAGUUUGUUGAAGAAGAGGAUGGUUGAAGCUUGUCCUUCUUGUUCCUCAGCUUCUGGAAUCUCUUAUUACUGUUCGGAUUUGCAGCCAACUAAGCCUCCUGAUGUUUUCCUGUUGAAAUUCUGCUGCCAUGAUCGGAAAGGACUAUUACACGAUGUUACUGCGGUUCUUUGUGAACUAGAGCUUUCUAUUAUCAAAGUCAAGGUUUCCACUACACCCGAUGGAAAAGUCUUGGAUCUGUUUUUUAUCAUAGAUACCAGAGAUCUUCUACAUACAAAGACAAGAAAGGAUGAUACAAUGGAACAUAUAAAAGGUGUUUUGGAGGAUUCUGUACUUACUAUGGACAUCGAAUUGGUUGGUCCGGAAAUUUCUGCUUGUUCGCAGGCAUCUUCAUUCCUUCCAGCUGCCAUCACUGAAAAUGAUUAUAGUUUGGAAUUGCCUGAUUCAGUUCAAACCGGAACUCUCCGAUCAGAUUAUACUUCUAUCACGGUGGACAACACGCUUAGUCCGGCUCAUUCCCUUGUCCAAAUUACGUGCCAAGACCACAAAGGUCUUCUUUACGACAUAAUGAGAACUCUCAAAGACUACAACAUUAAGAUUUCGUUCGGGCGUUUCACUACAAAGCCUCGACGAAAAUGUGAGAUGGACUUGUUCAUCAUGCAAGCAGAUGGAAAGAAGAUAGUUGACCCUAACAAGCAGAGUUCUUUGUUGUCGCGCCUUAGAACGGAACUAUAUCGUCCACUAAGAGUAGCUGUUGUGAGCCGAGGCCCUGAUACCGAGCUUCUGGUUGCAAACCCUGUCGAGUUGUCUGGCGAAGGACGGCCUCUAGUUUUUUACGAUAUUACUCUCGCUCUCAAAAUGCUCGAAAUUUGCAUCUUUUCGGCUGAGAUAGCGAGACACGUGAUCGGAGACCGAGAGUGGGAAGUUUAUAGAAUCUUGCUCGACGAAGGGGAGGGAUUGUGUGUUCCGCGGAACAAGAUUGAGGAGGGAGUUUGGAAGAUGUUGAUGGGAUGGGAGUGAUCAAUACAUGGUUGCUGUCAUGAGAUUUUCCACCUUGUGAAUGAACCUCUGUCAAUGUACAUAUAACAAUGAUAUGAUAAAGUUUAUUAGAAGUAAUUGUGAAAUAUAAUGUAUGCAAAUGAUGUGUUUUAUUUCUUUUGUAA